GGGAUCGUCCUCUUUUUCCAACUCAUCACGCUCAUAGGUGGAAUUAUCUUCGUCACUGUCCUUGUCAGGUUGCAAGAAAACCUUAGCAGCCCCUGUGCUCCUCUUCCCUGGACUGUGUUCAGACAUUCAGAGGGCUGCUGUGGAGGAUUCUUAAUCUUUUGAGUCCUGUGAGCCCUGUCUUACUUACUCCUUUAUGGCUCAGACCAGGUCCCGGCAUAUGGCAACCAGUCGGGCUCUGGAGAGCAAAGCGGGAGGCAGGCACGGCAGGCACUUCCGACAGCAGAUAUCCAUCUGACACUCCUUGUCAGAGCUUGGAGAAUCUCACGAAUGAAGAAACCCUUUGUCUUUUUGCUUCUCCAGCUUAGGAAGAUCAGAGAACAAAUAAAAGCACCGCUGUGUUCAGAAAGCCCAGGAGAGGAGACCAUGGAGACUUUGACCUCAAGACAUGAGGAGAGAGGGAUUUGUUCUCAAGCCUCAGCCCCUUUCCCAGAAGAAGAGGAUGAGAUUAAGUUUCAGGAGUCGUUGACGUUCAAGGACGUGGCUGUGGUCUUCACCGAGGAGGAGCUGGAACUGUUGGACUCUGACCAGAGGAAGCUGUACAGAGAUGUGAUGCUGGAGAGCUUCAGGAACCUGGUCUCUGCGGGGCAACAGCCUUUCAAAUCUGGGAAGAUAUCCCAUUUGGAACAAGAUAAAGAAACCUGGGUGACGGAGAGAGAAGCUCCAGCAGAUGCUUAUCCAGGAGACAAGAAUGAAAAGGAUAUGGAGUAUAUUCAAGAAAAAGAAUUAAAAGUCCUUUUACACAAAGAGCUCUCCUACUGGAAACUGUGGGAACAGGUGACUGGUGAAUUAACUGGGAGUCAGGACCACCGAGGGAAUCUUCAAGGGAAAGAGUUCCAGUUUUCGGAAGAUGCUUCUCGCUGUCAAGAGUGGGAAGGCAGAUCGACUCAGGGUUUUCAGAUUGAGAAUGUGGUGGACAGUCUUCAAGGGAAUGGCCCCAUCAGUGUAGAAAAUCAACGGUUUCCAGCCUGGAAAGCUGUGAGCCCGGUCCCCAUUCAGGAAUCUUGGGCCCUUGUGAAUGAGCCUUGGAAUGAUCAAGGAGGCUGUAAAAAAAUCAGCAGGGAAGACGCGCUAUAUAAAUGUGAUUGGAACAAUUAUGGCUUCAGCUGGAUAUCCCAUUGCCGCAAUGAUCACAGCCCACCUGAACGAGAGAAACCUUAUGAAUGCGAUGAGUAUCAAAAUCACUGUGUUGACGAGGCAAUACUUUAUCACCAUAACUCUAGCGAGAACGGCUUUAAAAGUGAGGAAGGUGGAAAUGGCUUCAGGGAUGAUUCAAACCCUCCCACUCAUCCACAAGUGCACUUGGAAGAGGAACCCUAUGAAUAUCAGGAAUAUGUGAGGCAGGGUGCCUAUCCUGACAGACAUCAGAGCAUCCCCUUAGGAGGACUGUCAGCUGCAAGUAUUGAGUGUGGUCAGGGCUCCAGGCAAAGUGUUGACUCUCUGCACACAGGAGAGAAGCCCUUCAAGUGUGAGUGCGGGAAGGGCUUCGGCCGAAGCUGGGACCUCCAAGUCCAUCAGAGGGUCCACACAGGAGAGAAACCCUUUACAUGCCUCGAGUGUGGGAAGGGCUUCUGGCGGAUUUCAGACCUUCAUAGUCACAAGAAAGUCCACACUGGAGAGAGGCCCUACGUAUGUGAUGUGUGUGGUAAAGGCUUUAUUUUCAGUUCUGACCUCCUCAUUCAUCAGAGAGUCCACACGGGAGAGAAACCCUAUAAGUGUGCUGAAUGCGGCAAAGGCUUCAGUUAUAGCUCAGUACUUCUCAUUCACCAGAGAGUCCACACCGGCGAGAAGCCUUAUAAGUGUGAAGAGUGUGGCAAGGGCUUUAGGUGCACCUCAAAUCUUUACACACAUCAGCGAGUCCACACGGGAAAGAAACCCUAUACGUGUGAUGAGUGUGGCAAGGGUUUCAGUUAUAGCUCUAAUCUUCGCACCCAUCAGAGAUUACACACAGGAGAGAAACCCUAUAAGUGUCUGGAGUGUGGAAAGGGCUUCAGGUUCAGCUCGGGUCUGCUCAGCCAUGAGAGAGUACACACCGGAGAGAAGCCGUAUAGAUGUGAUAUAUGUGGGAAGAGCUACAGUCAGGUCUCGCAUCUUUAUGGCCAUCAGAGGGUCCACACCGGAGAGAAGCCCUACAGGUGUGAAGAGUGUGGGAAGGGCUUUAGUCAAAGCUCCUCUCUUCAAGUUCAUCAGAGAGUCCACACAGGAGAGAGACCCUAUAAGUGUGAGGAGUGUGGAAAAAGCUACAGUCGAAGCGCAGGUCUGCGAAAUCAUCAGAGAGUGCAUUUUAAGUGAGACACAUUAGUAGUAGAUGUAAUUUGAGGACUGUAGUUAGAACUCAGGACUUAAUAUUUAUUUGCGAGCCAACCCAGGAGAAAGACUUUAUGAAGGUAACAUGUAUGAAGGGCUGCUGCAGAGGAUGAAUUUUUCAUAGUCAUUAGCUCGUCUGCAUAGGAAGAGAAGAUGAAAGUUUGAUAAAUAAAGCACUUUAGUCACAAACUUCAGUCUUUAAGAGUCUGUUACACAGCAGAGUAAUCCUUAAAUGGCAUAGUAAUUGCUCUGGUAAAAAUGGUCACUUUCCUCAGUCUGCCUAGGGGAGAGCUUUGUAAGGGAGUAGUGAGAAUGUAUCAGAGGUGCAAAUUAUGAACACAGAUUCCUUGUGGGGGAACAUACUAUAAAUGGGACAAAUGUGGGAACAAUUUGUCACCUUAUUGAGACCAAUAUCAUAUAUGCCUUUUUCUUCUUUUAAUAUUUUAUUGUUUUUUUGGAGAAAGUUUAAGUUCCCAUUUAGCAGUUACUACACAAACUGUUCAGAGACUUAGGUUACAUUUUUCACAAUAUUUUAACAUUAAUUGCCUUCUGGAUGUUUCACUUCCAGUAAUCUGGUUUCCCUGUCCCCUUACCCUUUCAUCUUUGCUUUUUGUUUUUUUUUUUUUUUUUUUACAAUUUUAAAGAUAGUUAUUCCAUACCUAAAACAAAGGAACCCCGUAAUAUUUUUAUCCAUUCCUGAAGUAGUUAUAAAAACGCAUUGUGUAUUGAUUUUUAUCUAGUCCGCUGUCUGCCUUUAUUUGGGAAAUACUAUUAUUCUACCUUACCAUCAAGCAAGGUAAGGUCUUAACAACCAGGAAAGCUCUUACCUUCACUUACCUCCUAAACUGAAAAACGAAGCUUUGUGUGUUAAAUGAGAGAGAUUCAGGACAUUGCCCAGGAGGCCACAUAACCAAUGUAAAAGCUGAGACAAAGUGCCUAAAAUAACACAUUAAUUCUUAUGUUAUAAUAAAUGUCUAGAUGUUAUGCUGAUUAGUCACGCUGACAUAUAUAAUCAUAUGCCUAAACCAGAUUAAAGUUUAAAAAAAAAAACAUUCAGCAA